GGCCAUGGGGGCCCUGACGAGCCGGCAGCACGCGGGCGUGGAGGAGGUGGACAUCCCGUCCAAUUCCGUGUACCGCUACCCGCCCAAGUCCGAAAGGAAGAACCCUGGGCUUCACCUGAUUGAGCAUUUUAUCACCAAAUGCCUUGUCCCUUUUUCCUAUUACCGUACCGGAAAGGCAGAGUCAUGCGGGACUCCACACGGCUGGUCGUCCUUCCACAUGCUGUGAAACAGUGGACAUAAAAUGAUGUGUGUGUACAGAGAGAGACAGAGACACGGGGCAGGAAGCUAUUUUGCCAGCCACUUCAUUAUGGGAGGAGAGAAGUUUGACUCAACCCAUCCUGAAGGCUACCUGUUUGGAGAGAACAGCGAUCUGAACUUUCUGGGGAACAGACCAGUCGCGUUUCCUUACGCUGCCCCACCUCCCCAAGAACCCGUGAAGACCCUGAGAAGCCUGAUCAACAUCCGAAAAGACACACUGAGACUCGUCAAGUGUGCUGAGGAGGUGAAGAGCCCCGGAGAGGAGGCCAGCAAGGCCAAAGUCCACUACAAUGUCGAGUUCACCUUUGACACGGAUGCCCGGGUAGCCAUCACCCUCUAUUAUCAGGCCACGGAAGAGUUCCAGAAUGGAAUUGCCAGUUAUAUCCCGAAGGACAGCAGCCUACAGUCAGAGACCGUGCACUACAAGCGAGGGGUGUGCCAGCAGUUCUGCCUGCCCUCCCACACCGUGGACCCCUCCGAAUGGGCCGAAGAGGAGCUUGGCUUUGACCUGGACCGAGAGGUUUACCCCUUAGUGGUGCAUGCCGUGGUGGACGAAGGCGAUGAGUAUUUUGGCCACUGCCAUGUACUGCUGGGGACUUUUGAGAAGCACACGGACGGGACUUUCUGUGUCAAGCCCCUCAAACAGAAGCAAGUAGUGGACGGGGUCAGCUACCUGCUCCAGGAGAUCUAUGGGAUCGAGAACAAGUACAACACGCAAGACUCCAAGGUGGCUGAGGACGAAGUGAGCGAUAACAGUGCCGAGUGCGUGGUGUGUCUCUCAGAUGUCCGGGACACCUUGAUUCUGCCCUGCCGCCACCUCUGCCUCUGCAACACCUGUGCUGACACCCUGCGCUACCAGGCCAACAACUGCCCCAUCUGCCGCCUGCCCUUCCGGGCACUGCUUCAGAUCCGCGCCAUGAGAAAAAAACUGGGCCCUCUGUCCCCAGCCAGCUUUAACCCCAUCAUCUCAUCCCAGACCUCUGACUCUGAAGAGCACUCGUCCUCAGAGAAUAUUCCACCGGGUUAUGAAGUUGUGUCUCUUCUGGAGGCCCUCAAUGGGCCCCUCACCCCCUCCCCAGCGGUCCCUCCACUUCACGUGCUGGGAGACGGCCACCUCUCAGGAAUGCUGCCCUCCUAUGGCAGCGACGGCCACCUGCCCCCUACCAGGAUGCUCUCCCCUCUCGACCGUGCCUCUGACUGCGGCAGCCAAGGACUGAAGCUCAAGAAGAGUCUCUCCAAGUCUGUUUCCCAGAACUCCUCGGUGCUGCAGGAAGAGGAGGAUGAACGGUCCUGCAGUGAGUCAGAGUCACCGCUCUCUCAGAGACCUUCAGCUCCGCACCUCGGAGAGGAGUGUGGCGUAACUCCAGAAAGUGAGAAUCUCACCUUGUCAUCAUCGGGAGCCGUUGACCAGUCAUCCUGUACGGGGACACCUCUCUCCUCCACGAUCUCCUCCCCAGAAGAUCCUGCCAGCAGCAGCCUGGCCCAGUCUGUCAUGUCCAUGGCCUCAUCCCAGAUCAGCACCGACACUGUCUCUUCCAUGUCUGGCUCCUAUAUCGCCCCUGGCACUGAGGAGGAAGGAGAAGCGCCCCCUUCCCCCCAGGCUGCCAGCAGGGCCCCCUCAGAAGAAGGCGAGGGGGCUCCAGCCGAGUCUCCAGAUAGCAGCUUUGCUGGCCUCCCAGCAGGAGAGCAGGAUGCAGAGGGAAAUGACGUUAUGGAGGAAGACGAUGGAUCACCCACGCAAGAAGAUGGCCAGAGGACAUGCGCAUUUCUAGGUAUGGAGUGUGACAAUAACAAUGACUUUGACAUCGCAAGCGUGAAAGCACUGGACAAUAAGCUGUGCUCUGAGGUCUGCUUCCCCGGUACCUGGCAGGCUGAUGACAACGCUGUCAGUCGUCGGAACACCCAGCGUCGGCGCUUGUCAUCCGGCAGCCUGGAGGACCCUGAGAACAGGCCCUGCGUGUGGGGUCCCCUGGCUGUCUGAGAGCCCCAGCCCGCACCAGCCCCGUCUGUACUCGCAUUCCAUCCGCCGUCCUCACUGCACUACUGCAAGACACGUGCAGACCUUUUACACUCACCGAGAAAGCCCAACGUGGUGUUCAGCCUGCUCCUUCUCCCCACCUUGUCAGCCAUAACCGUGACCCAUCCCUGGGGGGAGGCCCUCCUUCCUCCUUGGGCUGAUGCCACUCAGAUGGCCGCUCAUGCAGCCUUCGCACUCCCCGGGAGGUUUCUGCAGACUCGGCCUUCGGUGGAGCUGCGCCCACUGGCUAGUUGUUGCUUAGGUCCCAUUGUCCUACGGGGCAGACCGGGAAGACUCGAGGUUCCAGGCCUUGCUCCCACCGCCCCGUCUGGCAUCAUCUGGUCUCUGGCACGUCAUAACCAGCUUUAAACCUCGAAGCUGGGGUGGGGCUGCCGAGGGCUC